UGUGUUUUUGUCUUACAUCUAAGACAUAUUUAACGCCAGUCAUUUAUUCUCAAUAUUGGAUGAAAGCCGGUGCAGGGAGGGACACGUGAAUGUGCUUCUGGGUUUUGGAGGUGUAUGCAGUGGGGCAGAACGCUCCCUGUCUCCGGGGGUGAAGGUGGUGAGAAGCCAAAACCCCACCCCUGUUGAGGUGGAAACUCCAGGAGACGGCCUCCCUCUCUCCCUCCCUCCCUCCCUCUCUUAACACAUGUGGAAUUUUUAAAGCUGCGAUUCAGAAACUUGCCCCCCUCCCCUAUUGAGGAUCCUGAGCAGCGAGAACUCCGCAAAAAUGAAUUGGAAACAAAUCCUUUUCCUUUCCUGCCUGGCGACCGUCUUUAUCCUGGCGAUUCUGAAGGAGUCUGAAGGCGCCGCGGUCAAAGUGGACAAAGACAUCAAACCGGGAGACAAGGAACGAAUGAAGAGGCAGGUUUUCCUCUCUGAAGCCAACGCCUCCAAUUUCUUUAAGCGACGGACCAGACGCUCUCCCAAAUCCAGGGCUGAAACUUUGGCUGAGAACAGACAAAGGCUUGCAGCUGAUGAACGAAGGAAGGAAUAUCAUGAGGAGCAGCUGAAUGAAUGGGAGAAUUUUGUAGAAGAGGAGCAAGAUGAACAAUAUGAAAGGACCCGUGAAAAUGUUGAGUCAUGGCGUCAAUGGCACUAUGAUGGUCUCUACCCUCCAUACCAGUACAACCGCCACAUUUAUUAAAAGAAACCAGUGAGAUAUAGUUUGUUUAGUCAGAGUUGAAACUGCAUAUUAUGAUAUAAAGCUACAUCAUGUACAGACUGGGUAUGUCUUAACAGAUUUGGGGUUCUACCAUAUCAUUUAAGCUCUCUUCAAAGUGGCAAUAUAAGCAUGAAGAAUCAAACUAUGUUUUUGAUUUGUUGCGUACAGCUUCUAUAGGGCAUAGCUUUGAUAAAUACAGUAAAGCUCUCUUUCCAUUUUUUAACAAAUUCAUAAGUUUGAAGUAUUUUCAUAAAAAAAAACUUGUAACAUUUUGUCGUGAAGAAGAAUAAUAAAAGUUGCCUGUGGCAAUCUCCCUUAAAUAAUAGGCAUGCACAGAACACCAGACUGCUAAGAAACAGCCAAAGCUUCAGGCUAUUCAAAUCUUUUCCCUUAGGUCACGGUAGUUUUAAGCUAAGAUUUCUUGUAUUGAAAGACAACUUUUCUCAGCAACAAUUUAUAUUUAUAAAGCACCUUGUUCUUGAUAAAACAUCCCAAGGCGCUUCGCAGGAGCAUUAUAAAGCAAAAUUAGACACUGAGCCACAUAAGAUGAUAUUAGGGCAGAUGGCCAAAAGCUUGGUCAAAGAGAUAGGUUUUAAGAAGUGUCUUAAAGAGGGAGAGAGGAAGAUAUGUUUAGAGCGGGAAAUCCAGAGCUUAGGGCCCAGGCAGCUGAAGGUACGGCCCCCUUCUCUUCAAAUAUUUGUGCUGUAUAGUUUCCUUUUCACUAUAUAACUUUUAAUUGUGUACUUAAGCUGUACUCCAACUGCAUGUAGAAUAUAAAAACUCAACAGAAUAAAUAUUUUUAACCCCAA